GGGCGCCUAUGCGUCCGCCCCCGGAAGUGUCUCCUCGCCCCUCCGUGAGGUGGGUCCGAGGGGGCGCCCGCCGCCAGCGUCCGCUGCGCCCCUAAGCCAGACGUGCUGGACGCGGCCGCGGGCGGGCGGCCGGUGUGAGGGGCUGACUGCCGGGGCGCGGGACCGAUGGACGGACCGAGCGCAGGACUGACUGACCCGCUGCCGUGCUCCUGCCUGAUGGCCGCCCCCCAGUCCCCCCUGAGCCCGGCCCCCUGGGACCCGGAAGGCGUCCUGCGGGUGAAGGUGGAGGAUGAGGACGCCAGCCUUUCCCACGCGGCCCGCCCCCAGGAGGAGGAGGAGGAGGAGGAGGCGGCGCGCCUGCGCUUCCGGGGCUUCCGCUACGAGGAAGCGUCCGGCCCCAACGAGGCCCUGGCCCGGCUCCGCGAGCUGUGCCGCCGGUGGCUGCAGCCGGAGGCGCACUCCAAGGAGCAGAUGCUGGAGCUGCUGGUGCUGGAGCAGUUCCUGGGGGUGCUGCCCCCCGAGGUCCAGGCCUGGGUGGGGGCCCAGUGCCCCCGGAGCGGCAAGGAGGCGGCCGCGCUGGUGGAGGAUCUGACGCGGGAGCUGGACCGGAAAGGCUGGAAGCCGGGAGCCGAGCCCCCCGGGGCGAGCUGCAAGCACAGCGACUCGGAGGAGGUGGACUCGGCCGCCCAGGCCCUGGGACCCGGCUUCGGGGACGCCCUCGGACCCCCGGUGAGUGCGGAGGGGACGGCGGGGCGCCCGGGGGACGUCUGGACCGAGCCCUGCGCCCAGGAGACGGGUUUCGGGGCCACUCCGGGGCCUCCCGACGCGGCGCUCGGGGACCAGCUGGGCUGUGACUCCGGGGCCUCCAGGAACAUGCCCAGCGCGUGGUCAGAGGCCUCCUGGCCCGGCAAGGCCGCCUCCCCCGUGGAUCCUGGCCCUGUGGACGGUGGUGGCGCCGGCCCUCCGCAGACUCACCCGGGCCGGGCGCCCUCCGAGGGCGGGGAGCGCGGGGAGACCUUCCCCGGCGCCGGGACCCUGGCCGCGCACCAGAGGGGCCACGCCCGCAAGACGCCCCACACCUGCGGCGAGUGCGGCAAGGCCUUCAGCCGCAGCACGCACCUGGCCCAGCACCGCAUGGUGCACACGGGGGCCAAGCCGCACGCGUGCCCGGACUGCGGCCGCGCCUUCCGCCGGGCCGCCCACCUGGCGCAGCACCGGCGCAUCCACACCGGGGAGAAGCCCUUCGCCUGCGGGGACUGCGGCAAGGCCUUCGGCCGCAGCACGCACCUGGCCCAGCACCGGCGCACGCACACGGGCGAGCGGCCCUACGCCUGCGCCGCCUGCGGCCGGGCCUUCAGCCAGAGCGCGCACCUGACCCAGCACCGGCGCACGCACACCGGGGAGCGGCCCUACGCCUGCCCGGCCUGCGACAGGGCCUUCAGCGACUACUCGGCCCUGAUCCGGCACCUGCGCGUCCACUCCGGGGAGAGGCCCUACCGCUGCCAGGCCUGCCCCAAGGCCUUCGCGCAGAGCUCCUCCCUGACCGAGCACCAGCGCGUGCACACGGGCGAGAAGCCGCACCGCUGCGGGGGCUGCGGGAAGGCCUUCAGCCGCAGCUCCGCCCUCCUGGCGCACCUGCGGGCCCACGGCCCGGCGCUCGGGUGACCGGCCCGCCGGGCGGUGGCCUCCUGCGCAGCCUGGAGCGGAGGGGAGACCCGGAGUUCCCAAGGAGCCAGGAAGAAGGGGCGGAGCACCGAGGACUCCCCCGGAAUGAGGAGGUUCCGAAGGGCAGACUUGGGGCUGGUCCUCAGCCAGGGCAGGGGGUGCGCCUCUGCCGGGACUCGGUGGUCUCAGGGCGACGAUCUGGGCCAAGUUCACACUCGGGGUUCUCGCCCGCCCAGCCCGGGGGGACACGGCCCACGCUACCUCUGUGCCUUUCGGUUUUAUUAUUUAUUUUUACUUUUCUGGUUAAUGCUCAUGCGAAGAUAGUUUUUCAUUGAUCUUUAGAGAGAGGGAGGGAGAGAGAAACACGAUGGGAGAGAGACAGGGAUUGGCUGCCUGCCACACACGGCCAGACCAGGGCCAGGAGGGAACCUGCAACCCACGGACGUGCCCUUGACGGGGAGUGGAACCCUUGGGUGGCAGGGCCAGCGCUCUACCCACUGAGGCCACCAGCCAGCCGAGCCUUCCCACCCGCUGCUCCUCCUCUUCACGCCCAGGCCAGGUCGGCUGGGAGUCCGCCUCCUGCUCCCACCGCCGCUGGGGGCGCUGCUGACCCUCCCCGGGAGGCAUUCCUCUGCUCCCGCCCCGCCUGCCACUUCCCACCAGCCCGUGCGUUCUGCCUGCGCUCUUCUCCGCUGUUUUCUCCACCGUGGGAGCCUCACGUGCACCGAGGAGGUCGCCUUUUGUGAGCUCCCGAGAGCAGGGCCCUGUCUCCUUCUCUGACCCGCAAGGCGUUCCCGUGGGACACAGCAGACCUCGAUGCCUGUCGGUUGGAUGCACUGCCGGGGCUGACACCUUCCCAGGCGGCUGCGUGUCCGUGUGUGUGUGUGUGUGUGUGUGAGUGUGUGUGUGAUAGAGAGAGUGUGUGUGAGAGAGAGAGAGAGAGAGAGAGUGUGUGUGUGUGUGUGUGUGUGUGUGUGUGCGUGCAUGAGAGAGUGUGUGUGUGUGCGGGGCUGUCUCCCACCACCGUGGGCUCCACAAAGACAAGAGCAACCAGAUGUCCCAGGGUCCCAGCACUCGGUGGCCUCAGUAAAACGUUACCGGCCGGGCCUGGCCUGCCUGGCUCCGAGGAUGAGUGUCAACCUAUGAACCAGGAGGUCACAGUUCCAUUCCUUGUCAGGGCACUUGCCCGGGUUAUAGCUCCAUACACAGAAGGCCGGUCAAUUAUUCUCAUCACUAAUGUUUCUAUCUGUGCCUCUCCCUUUCUCUCUGAAAUCAAUAAAAUGUAUUUAAAAAAACAAA